AGAGGCAGAGAAGGGAAUGAGUGUGAGUGAAUGCUGCUGAAGGCUACCGGGCAAACUCUCCUCUGUGGCCUUCUCCUGGUCGUCAGUUAUAGCUGCUUUAUGGGAGCGAAAGUGGAGCACCGCCUGACUGGAGCUCAUAUCAGGGCUGCAUGACAAGACGUGAUUGGAUACAACGCAAUAAGAAAAGGGCAGGAUGCGAAGCCACCAUAUGAAAUGUUGGCAAGGCACAUCACUGUAAACCUCACAGGCUCUCUUUCAAGAAUUAUUCUUGUGUGAGGGAGUGCUUUGAUUAGCAACACUACUGGUGUAAAGAUAGAAGAAGAAGACCAAUUGGAUUUUGAGGAGAGGCUACAGAAAUAGAAGCAGGAAAAGAGCCCAUCCAUUUGUUGAGCUUAGUCUAACUUCGAAAUGGACUUCAAAAAUGUAUCGAAUGAGAACUGGUCUCAGACGUCUCUCCCAUCAUACAACUCACCCGAAAGUCCAGCAGAAAAUGAUGUGCCCUACCACAACGUCCUAAUGCCCAGCAUUUUCGGUGUCAUCUGUUUCUUUGGGAUUAUUGGCAACUGCAUUGUCAUCUACACCAUUGUGAAGAAGACCAAGUUCCGAGCCCAGCAGACAGUGCCGGACAUCUUUAUCUUCAGCUUGUCUUUUGUGGACCUCCUCUUCCUCCUGGGCAUGCCCUUCCUCAUCCACCAGCUCCUGGGCAACGGUUCCUGGUGCUUUGGUGACAUCAUGUGCACGGUCAUAACCGCCUUGGACUGCAACAGCCAGAUAGUGAGCACCUACAUCCUCACCGUCAUGACUCUGGACCGCUACCUGGCCACGGUCCAUCCCAUCCGCUUCAACCAUGUGCGCACACCCUGCGUGGCGGGGGCUGCGGUGGGUCUGGUGUGGGUGCUCUCCCUGGUCUCCAUCACUCCUGUGUGGAUGUAUGCUGGCCUUAUGCCCCGAGGGGACGGCUCAGUGGGCUGUGCCCUCCUGCUGCCCAAUCCAGCCACUGACACCUACUGGUUUACCCUCUACCAGUUCGUGAUGGCCUUCGCCCUGCCUCUGGUCAUUAUCUGCGUGGUGUUCUUCAAGAUCCUUCAGAACAUGUCUGCCACAGUGGCCCCCCUGCCCCAGCGCAGCUUGAGAGUACGUACACGUAAGGUGACCCGUAUGGCUGUGGCUAUAUGCCUGGCCUUCUUCAUCUGCUGGGCUCCGUACUACAUCCUGCAGCUGGCCCACCUGGGGGUUCAGAGGCCCAGCUUUGCCUUCCUCUAUGUCUACAACAUUGCCAUCAGCAUGGGUUACGCUAACAGCUGCGUCAACCCAUAUCUCUAUAUUUUGCUGAGUGAGACCUUUAAGAGGCAGUUCAUUGUGGCCAUCCGGCCGAACAAUCGGGUCUUUGGGUUGAACUCUGUCAUGGCUGACGGUAGUGUGAGUCUGAGACUGGCCCCAGAGUGUAAUCAUCAGUCUCAGUCCUCCAGAGACCUACUAGUACACAACAUGCUGCCUGUCACUGUGGCUGUGCACUGAGUCAGGAGCCCUAGCCGAGCCCCAUCCCUCAGCCCUAGUUCCAUGAAUCUGGGCUCUCUCUCAGCUCAGUGGGAAGUGGUGCCCCCAUCAGACAGUCAUGCUCCCAAUGUGUGUGACAGGGUUAACGUGCAAUGUAUGUAGAAAUGCUGAGUGUGUACAGUAUCUAUUUUGUACACAGCAGUACUGUGUUUAUAAGACACUUCUCCCUACAGGGACAUUCAACUUCAUCCUAUUAAUCCUAUCUUAUCAUGCUCUAAUGUAGGACUGUUAAUACAGGGACUUUGUACUAGUAUUCAGUAGGCAAUUGAACUGUAGGCUAUUAGUAACAAUGUGUACUUUUAUAAAAGGAAGUCAUCCCACAGUUAUCAAUAACACUAUUUUGCAGUUCUGUUUCAAGUGGUAGCAAUUUGUAUUUCAUUGUCUUUGAUGAUUUGACAGAUUUCCACUCCAGUUCAAUGUGUUAAAACAGGUUUCUGUGUAGAUAUGUGAUAUUCUGUGAUUCUGUCAUCGGUCCGUCCAGUCAGUGAUCUGAGAAGCAGGGAAAUCACACCUUGUCGUAAUGUAAUCUAUGUCUAUACUGAAACCUGUGUGAUGACUGUGAUCAUUGAGAAAGUUGUGACGUAUUGAUGUAUUAUUUUGGGCUGUCUUCUAAUAUGUUGUCCUUAGUCAUUUUGUAAUAUUGAAUAUGUGCAGCCUGUCUAUUACCAUGUAAUGUCCGUGAUCACCAAGGAAACCUCUAUGUUGUUAUCUUUGGGAAAAGAAUAAUGUUCGGAUGCACGAUGCAGUGUUGAAUGACUGCAAUUGAUCCAAAGGGAUUUCUAGAUGUUACAAUAAAGAAUUAAAGCAUGAGACGUAAGACAAACCCAAUGCAAUACAGUAGCAGCAGAACUGUCUGUGCUAGAGUGCAUUUUGUGUAUUUGUGAAGAGCUCUUAUUCUCAGAGAAGGGGAAACACACAUAAAAGAGGAAAAAGCACUCUGUCCAAACAAAGCAAUAUUUUACCUGAUGGCUGCUGUAGAAGAGAGGCAGGUUAUCUGCUGGUAAUCUUGGAAAAGGGCAAAGUUAUCACUGGGCUGGAAUUGAACCCUUUGUAGGGUAGCAAUGGCUUGCUUUAGAAGGAGGAAAAUGCAAUAUUGAACUCUGCCGUUCUCAAACCCAGACACCCAUACAUUACUAUUGUUAUUACAUUCCCAGGAAAAUUGGAUUACCUUCCAACACUGUCCAGAAAUAAAGUACCUGAAUUGGUGUUCAAUCAAAUAAACAUAGUA